ACUUGUGCAAAUCUUUGCGCUCCAGAGAAAACACGGUCGAAGAAGACGGGAUUUUUACGCGGCCUGUGGGGUUGUCUUACAUCAAAAACAAGAUAACGCCUCCCACGUGGUGCACUCAUUAGACGUACCUUCACAUGCAGGGAGACUUUUUAAUAAAAGCAAUGAAAGCUCUUGAUUAGAGUUGGACAGGAAGAAGACAAUACAGAAGACCAGGAAGGAAGUAGACUACCCAGUAACUGUGGGGCCAUGGCUUAUUCCAGCUACAGCAACCUGAGCAGGGCUCAGCUUACCUUUGAAUACCUGCACACAAAUUCGACAACUCACGAGUUCUUAUUUGGGGCCUUGGCUGAGCUUGUAGACAAUUCAAGAGAUGCAGAUGCCACUCGAAUAGACAUCUACACAGAAAAAAGAGCAGAGUUACGUGGUGGUUUUAUGCUUUGCUUUCUGGAUGAUGGUAUUGGGAUGGACCCUAUUGAGGCAACUCACGUGAUUCAGUUUGGAAAGUCAAACAAACGGUCCCCAGAGUCCACCCAGAUUGGCCAGUAUGGAAAUGGAUUGAAAUCGGGGUCAAUGCGAAUUGGGAAAGAUUUCAUCUUGUUCACAAAAAAAGAAAAUACACUAACUUGUCUUUUCCUGUCAAGAACAUUCCACGAAGAGGAAGCACUUGAUGAGGUCAUAGUACCUCUCCCCUCCUGGGAUCUGAAAACCAAGGAGCCCCUGACUUCCGAUCCUGAGAAAUAUGCGAUAGAGACCGAGCUCAUCUUCAAAUACUCUCCUUUUAAAAAUGAGCAGCAGCUGAUGGAACAGUUCAACAAAAUAGAAAGCGACAGUGGCACUCUUGUAGUCAUCUAUAACCUAAAGCUGAUGGACAACGGAGAUCCAGAGCUGGAUGUAGAGUCUGAUCACCAGGACAUACUCAUGGCUGGAACACCUGUGGAAGGAGUGAAGCCAGAAAGGAGGUCGUUCAGGGCUUACACUGCUGUGCUGUACAUUGACCCACGCAUGAGGAUUUUUAUCCAGGGACAUAAAGUUAGGACUAAGAGACUGUCCUGCUGCCUUUAUAAACCAAGAAUGUAUAAAUACACAUCCACUCGUUUCAAAACACGUGCUGAACAUGAAGUUAAAAAGGCAGAUCAUCUUGCAAAAAUUGCUGAGGAGAAGGCCAGAGAAGCAGACAGCAAGCGUAUAGCUAUGGAGACCAGAUUAGGAGAUGACAUAUCAAAAGAUUCAAGGACAAUUCUGAGGAAAGUCCAGGAUUCAGCCAUGAUGCUGCGAAGGGAGGCUGACAUAAGGAAAAGAAAUCUUGAAGCCAAACAAAAAGCACUGAAGGAACCCAAGGACCUAAAUUUUAUAUUUGGACUGAAUAUUGAACAGAGGGACUUGGAUGGGAUGUUUGUGUACAACUGCUCUCGCCUCAUUAAGUUGUAUGAGAAGACGGGGCCUCAGCUUGAGGGAGGCAUGGCGUGUGGAGGCGUAGUUGGAGUUGUAGAUGUCCCAUAUUUGGUUUUAGAGCCAACUCACAACAAACAAGACUUUGCAGAUGCUAAAGAGUACAGACACUUACUGAAAGCCAUGGGAGAACAUCUAGCUCAGUACUGGAAGGAUAUCAACAUCGCUCAAAAAGGCAUCGUAAAGUUCUGGGAUGAGUUUGGAUAUUUGUCUGCUAGCUGGUCUGCACCUCCUUCAUCAGAGUUGAGAUACAAAAGACGUCGCGCAAUGGAGAUACCACUUACUAUUCAGUGUGAUAAAUGUUUAAAGUGGAGGACGCUGCCUUUUCAGCUGGAUGCAGUGGAUAAACGCUACCCAGACAGUUGGGUGUGUCUGAUGAACCCUGACAGCAGCCAGGACAGGUGUGAUGCAUCCGAACAGAAGCAGAAUCUACCUUGUGGCGUUUUGAAAAAAGACAAACCAUCGGCUGAAGACAAAAAGAAGGAGUUAGCUGAGAAAAUCAAGCAGCAGCAGGAGAAACUAGAAGCCUUGGAGAAAACCAACACAAUUAAAUCUGCAGACGAUAUCAAAAAGUUACCACUUGAUGUCAGCACCAAACCGAAGACAUUUUCACAGAUAACCAGGUCUUCUGAAAGGACCGUAACACGCCCACGCUCACCACCCCUCCCAGCCCACCUGAAAAAUGCUUCAAGCGUUCCUCCAACCCGUACGGCUUCUCAGCGCCCCAGUCGGGCUUCUGCUGCCGCAGCUCCACCACCUAAAGUUGAACUGUCCAGAUCCAGAGCUGCAGCAAAGCCUCCUCCACCUGCACCAAAGCCAGUGUCCAAAACUACUGCAAAAACACCCCCAUCCAGUCGCAGCUCACGAGCCUCCACCAAAGCAGCAUCUGUUAAACCGGCACCUACUGGACUUCGCAAGAGAAUAAUUGAGCAGGAAGACAGUGAUGAAGAGGAGGAAGAAGAAGAAGAAGAGGAGGAGGAGGAGGAAGAAGAUAAAGAGGACGAAGAAGAGGAGGAAGACAGUGAAGAGGACAGUCAAGAAGAACCACAAACAAAGAAAUCCAAGAUGGCCACAGCAACCAGUAACCGUGGUAAAGUGGUAGAGAAGCCCACCCCAGCCAAACGUGGCAAGCUGGAUGAGGUUAAAACGUACACUCAGCCUGAGAAGAAAACAAUUUCCACUCCUUUGCGGCAGCCACCAACCACAUCAGCCUCUGUUAAAUCUAUUUCCACUCAACAGCAAGAAACUAAAGAAAAGGCAUCUGAGAAAGUUCCAGAGAAGGAACCAGAGAACGACAUAAAAAGUGCUCAGAAAGAUAAGGGUCUGCUUGUUGAAGUACGUGUCAAUAAAGAGUGGUUUACUGGCAAAGUCGUCGCUGUGGAGACUAAUAAACAGAGCGUUCGUUGGAAAGUUAAAUUUGAUUACGUGCCGCGAUCUACUCCCAAAGACCGAUGGGUGUUUAAGGGGAGUGAUGAAGUACGGUUGAUGCGUCCACCAUCCCCCAUCUCUCAGACGCCUGAUACCCAACAGGAGGUUGAGAAAGGCCCUGCACCCAUGGAGCCGGACACGACUCAGCCUGGAACCAGUCGAGAGGUGACUGAUAGCCUGGUUUCCAUGAUGAGGACGAUGCUGCGUUACUUCUACCCUCCUGCUUUUCGGAUUCCAAAGGAUGAUGUUAACAGCAUGACAGCAGAGGAGUUGGUAGCCUUUCCCUUGAAAGAAUAUUUUCAGCAGUAUGAAUCAGGUCUCCAGUCGUUGUGCAACUCGUACCAGAGCAGAGCUGAUGCGAGGGCCAAAGCUGUGGAAGAAAAGAACAACAACGCCGAGCUCAAGCUGAAGGAGGCGGAUGAGAAACUACAAAAACUACGAACAAACAUUGUAGCACUUCUGCAGAAAGUGCAAGAGGACAUUGACAUCAACACGGAUGAUGAACUCGAUGCCUACAUAGAAGACCUCCUUACCAAAGGUGACUGAAGACAUGGAAGAGGAGAUGAACAUUAAAAACUUUAGUUUUCAGUCCAGCCAUCACUUGCUGAUAACUCCCCAAGGACCCAAGUUUAUGUCUGGGUUGUGAAUAUUUUGGCAUACUUGCAUUUCUUGGUCCCUCUGCGGUAAAUCCUAAGUUUAGUUUGUUUCUUAUUUGUUAAUUAGCCUUGUGGUUUUUCCUUUUAGUCAUCUUUAUAUCCCUGCCCAUAGACUUUAUGGAUAUCUGUUCAAAACAAGUAAUCCUGAUUUAACUUUGUAUUUUUAUGUAGGUUAAUGUGUUCUUAUGUUUUUAUAUACUCAACUAUUGUGAUAAGCUACAUUUGUUCUAAUUUGGUCUGCUAUCAGAUAAGUAUUUCACGCUUAAUUUACAACACAACGUCUGUUUAAGAUUUGGACUUAACCAGUUUAUGCCGUUUUAUCUUACCAGUAACUUUUAUUUUUGUACACGAACAAUUUGGCUCUACAUUUUUGUCCAAAUUUGGUUUGUAAACCAAAUUAAUCUGUAAUUUGAAGUGUGAGAUGCCACAAUGCAAGCACCAGUGACUUGCCAGGUUUUAUCAGUAACAAUAUUCCUUCAAUCCCCUCUGUUUGUGUUUAAUUUUUUGGGGAGAGAAAAAAACGUUCAUUGUAAAGCUGUAUGUUCUUGAUCAUUUAUUACCAUUAUUCUUUCUUUUGAAUGGAAAUUUUAACAAACCAUAACAAUGUUUUAUUCAACAGUGCAUGCUUAAGGUCUUGUUCUAAUUAGAGCAAAUUGUUCUGUGUUUCUGACAAUUCUUGACCUAAAACAAUAAACCAGUUCAGCAACACUUCACUUUUAUAUUUGUGUGUGAAACAUGAAAUGUUAAUCAUGGGGAAUGUCUAGCUAUGUAAAAAUUAUAUAUA